UGCUCAUCGUGGCUAACUUGAAGCUAGCUAGCUAGUAUGAUUGGAUGAUUGUUGCCUGUUGUUUUAAACCAUUUCCCCCCGUGAGUCCUGCUCUCGCAGUCACGUAGCCCAACAGACACAAUCGGAGUGAACCACCAGAGCCCGUAUGUAUGGGUAAACUUAUUUAAGUGGACUUUGUCUACAUUUACGGGACGUUUCACCUCAGACUCAUCUCCAUUAGCCAAGAAUGCUAAAUGAAGUUAGCGUAGCGUGCUAGCUGGAAAUAGACCCAGACGGAACUCCACAAUGCUAGUUGAAGUGACUGUUGGAUAGAGACCAAACUGUAUAUUUCAUGGACCCACAAUGUCCAGAUAAAUCUGUCUAAAUGGACUCUGCGGACCCCUUUAUUUGAAAUUAUCUCAGUGUCGUACAAAGCUAGCAAGCUAAUGUAGUUAGCUUGCUAGCCUGAAGUAGACGGAUCCGAACGUAAGCUAGCAACACAACGCACGUCAGAGUGAGACAACAGGUUUUUAACGGAGGGUGUCCGGAGGAAAAGUUUCUGUAAUUUGGUCAAAAUGUCUAAAAUCCAAAUUCUGAGAGCUCUUGUCCACCAGCGACUAACUGCGGCUGCUGAGGAGAUAUUUGGGCUGUUUGAAAGAACGAUAGCAGAGCACGAGGAGGAACUCCGGCUACACACAGCAGACGUCCAGCAGCUGUUGGUGGUUAAACAAGAGGUUCCCCCUGAGCAGCCGGAGUGGAGCUCCAGUCUGGACCAGGAGGACCCAGACCCCCCACACAUUAAAGAGGAACAGGAGGAUCUUUGGACCAGUCAGAAGAGAGAGCGGCUUCAAGGGCUGCAGGAGGCUGAUAUCCCAUUCCCGUUCACUUCUGUCCCUGUGAAGAGUGAAGGAGAGGACUGGGGAGGACCAGAUCCAGCCAGGAACUCAGAUCCAGAUAGUCCUUUGCAACCAGCUACUCAUAACAAGACUUCAGACUCCUCGGAACCUGAAACCGAAGGGAGCGGUGACUGCGAGGAGACGGAGGAGACUCUGCAAAACGUUCAAGUACCUGGAAGUGAUGCCGGACCUCUGCAGAAACACACUGGAGUCCAAACAGACGGGAAACCAUUCAGUUGCUCGGUUUGUGGUAAAAGAUACCCGCUGAAGAAGUCCUUAUCAAUUCACAUGAGACUUCAUUCAGAAGGAAAACACUUCACCUGCUCCGUUUGUAAAACACUUUUCUGUAGCAAAAGCAACUUGGUAAUGCACAUGAGAAUCCACACUGGGGAGAAACCUUUUAGUUGCUCAUUUUGUAGCAAAAGAUUUGCACGUAAGACCCAUCUGAGAGACCACUUGUCUUCCCACACGGGGGAGAAACCAUUCAGCUGUUCGGUUUGUAGCAAAACAUUCAUACAGAAGAAUCAUCUGAAACAACACUUGACCGUCCACACGGGGGAGAAACCAUUCAGCUGUUCGGUUUGUGGUAAAACCUUCGCGCUGAAGCAAAACCUGAAACGGCACUUGACGGUCCACACGGGGGAGAAACCGUUCAGUUGCAGCGUUUGCGAUAGAAGUUUUAACCGGCAGGAUAGCGUCAAAAAUCACAAGUGUGCGGGCGUGAGCGGCGAAAAUACGUGAAGCUGCACAGAUUUUUGCUGAGCCGAUUUCCUUUCAGCGGGAUUAAAGAACUGAUGGCGAGACGUGGUCCAACAUCGAUAAGUUAGAAGUUGUCAGACUCGAGGCCUUUUCACACAGGGAGCGACACCUCGCCUGCGUAGUGGCGUGGAUCUCCAGGGUCUCGCUACGCUCCUCGUGUGAAGGACAACGCUCUGCGAUCCAACGCCAGGCGAGCAAUGUGUGGGAACCGUGGGGAUUCUGUCCACUACUACAUCUCUGCCCACAAGAGAAUGAGAAUAUCUGUCUGCAGGAUCAUUUAUCCUUAAUCACAGGUCGAUUUAUAACAAAUAGUGGUAAUCCUAGUCUUUCCGUACCAGCGACUGUUAUUGCUGUUAUAGUUAAAGUUAGCUAAAUUAGCAUAGUCAUAAUUGCGGACCCGA